GUGCAAAGCCGGGACGAGCGGGUGUUCUCGCUUUUUAUUUUUUCUCAUCAAGAGGAGCGACACGUGCGUGUGUGUUCCGUGGACGCGGUGAGGCAGAGAGUGAACGUUCGCCGGCGUCUCUCGCGUGGAAACGAGAAUACUCCGGGCGGCUGUCCGACCACUGCUCCGGCGGGCGGCCCCGAAAAAAUCGAUAGGGGAGACGCGCGAGCCGACGAAGGCGCACGCGUCGAGCGUUACUGAUGCGUGUCAGCUGUCCCGAUCGUGAAGCGAAACGGGGAGAGUACAGGUGUUGCUCGCCCCGCAUCCGUGGUCUUCCAAUGUAGAGCUACGACCGAAUGACUUAAAUGGCUUGCGACAAUCGCACGAGGGUGUAUCUCGGGUACGAGGACGAGUACGUCGCCGACAAGCACCGGUCCCUGCUCAACUUCACGACGAACAAGAUCGGCGGGCAUCCGAAUUGUCAUGGGAAGAACACACUAUCGUCGCCGCAGUGCAGACUCUGCGGCUUGUAUCAGCUCCUGGCGCUCCAAUUGUACGCUCCGUUAGAUAACUCAAAGUACCAUCGGACACUGUACAUAUUUGCGUGCAUCAACUCGAACUGCUGGAAUCAGAACGAGAGCUGGACGUGCUUGAGAAUACAGCAUCUGGAGGACGAGGCCAGGACGAGUGUGCCGGACUCCGUUAACGUGCCAUCUACGACGGCCUGGCUGUCGGACGCGGACGACUGGGGGGACAAUGUGAACGACAAUGCGUCGGAACAAAAUGGGAAUAACAUGCUGGAGAACGAUCCGUUACAAUUCCACUUUUCCCUGCACAAAGAAAUAGAUCAGGAUAUACGGGAAGAGUUGUCUGUGCUGCGCGUGGACGAUCCGAAUGCAAAUAGUCCAGCCAGCGUAGACUCCCCGGUCAGCGGCGGUGCCGUGGGUCGUUUGGAUUCUCCCCAAGCCUCGGCGGAGAUCGACGGGGACGAGAGCGAGGUCGUGUGCAUCGACACUCCGACGCGGCCGCAAUGUGAUUUAGUUAGUUUACUGCACGAGGUCACUCCGUUGCCGUUGCAAAUCACAAACGCGGAGACCAAAUGUUCGUUCGUCGAGGUAUUCCUCUCGGUCGACGAGGAGGAUUACAGCACGGACGUGUCCCAGCACGUUCGAGACUUGCUGGUCGAAUAUCAGCACAGCAAUCCGGACGCGUCGACCAAGUUCACGCCGGACUCGGGCAAUCCUAAAACUAUCGAAACGGACGUGGAGAAGUACGAGAAGAGCAUUCCUAAACACGGCGACGAGAUGUUUCACAACUUCCUUUGCAGAAUACAGAGGAAUCCUGGACAGCUGUUACGCUAUUCGAGGGAUAAUUCUGCACCGUUGCUGUUAUAUCCGCUGAGCGGCUGUAUCGGGAAAUGUCGGCAUUGCGGCGACGAGAUGAUCUUCGAGCUGCAAGUUUUACCGACGAUCAUACCAAAAUUAAUACUGAAUCCGAGAAGCGAGCGGAAUUUCCAGAUCGAGUUCGGCACCGUCUUGAUAUACACCUGCGUCAGAAGCUGUUGGUCGGCGACUGAUUCAUAUCGGGAGGAGCAUGUCGUUGUUCAAGCCGAGAGACUAUAGCUGUUAAGUACCAAUAAGGAAAGUUAUACGAGUGAAAAGCCAAGGUUCUUCCAGUGAUCCUACAUACAUAGAAUUUCAUAUUUACGAGUCUAGAACGACUAGUCGUGUUACGUCUGUAGAGAAAUACCGUCCACCUCUUCGUGUACACAUCAAAAAGUCCUAUGUAGCGAGCGAUGGUCGAUAAAUAGUAAAGGCGUUACAGGCAUGUAUCUCGAGCUACAUUAAGCGACGUGCGAUUCGCAAUUGAAAAGCAGAUUUUAGGAAUCGUCCGAUAGAAGAGAAUCUAAGUAAGAGCGUUUAUUUUACUUUCCAUCUUGAUCUUUAGUACAUAAGUACAGUGUAACGACUGUACAAUUGCUACUGACGUAUAAAUACAGAAACCUCGGUGGAAAA